AUGUCUUCAGAUAACGUUAAAUACCGUUUGGGUAGAAUUCAGACCCUUAACGCUGAUCAAGAGAUUGUUUUGAAACAAACAUGGGCAUACUUUUUGAAAUACUUGGGUUACGAAAUCAACAUUGGUAACUCUGAUUUGCCAUAUAAGCAGUGCUUUGUUGCAUCAACUUCAACCUCCCAUUUUGACGAGUCACAGGGCCUUGCAAGCAACUCAUUGAGCAAAUCAAAUACAAGAGGCUCGUUGAACUCAACCAAAAGCUCCGCUUCAAAAAAGAAAUUGGGCUUGUUUGGCUCUAAAAAAUCAACUGCCAGCGUCGCAAACUCUGCCUCAGUUGGUGCUGCCAGUGGAAGCCCACCAGCAAAUUCAAAGAGAAUGACACAGAUCCAAAGCCACUCCUCUGCCGAAAGAUACCAACCUGUUGACAUCCCAGCUGAAGACAUUUACUCGAUCUAUGCUCACCAUUACAAGUUGGCUUUUGAAUACGCCGACGACUUUGAUGGAAGCUCAGCAGGUGCAGGUACAGGUGCAGGUGCAUUCAACGGUGUUUCUAAUGGAAACUAUGGUAAUUACGACAACGAUGACGCUGAAUCAAUUGCCUCAAUGGAAACAUUUGUCACAGCCUCAACCACCUUGACUGACUACGAUGAUUUUCCCGCUCAUAUUUUCAGCAAUGGCAAACAAAGCAAUGGCAAGGCAUACGGUGGAAGAAUCAACCGUCCAUCCCAACAACAGCAAGGCCACAACAACCACCAUAAUCACCACAAUCACCACAAUCACCACAAUCACAAUCAUAACCAUAACCAGCAGCAAUAUCAAUCACAACAAGAACAAAUUAAUGGUGGUGGUGCUCUAGUUGAUCUUUACCUGAGUACAGUCAACAAACCAGUUAAAGUACACCCAGAUACUUCUAUUCUACCAAGUUUUGAUAAAUACAGCCCUAAGGAAAUCCACACUGCUUUUUACAAGGUUACUCGUAAUGACUUGGUUGAUAACUUGAUGCUUAAGUUUGUUAGAGCUAGAAAAUGGGAUACCGAGAAGGCUUUGGAAAUGUUGACCAAAUCUUUGAAUUGGAGGGCCACUGAGUUUCCAACUGAUGAUUGGGCAAUGGAGGGUGAUGCACCAUCGUACUUGAAUGGCACCAACCAAGGCUUUAUCAAGAAUUUCACCACUGAGAAAUCAUGGAUUAAGGGCAGAGACAAGAAUAAUAACCCGAUUUUUACUUUCCAAGCCAAGAAACACAUGACUGCAGAUUCACCUUUGCCACAAAACCAAAGGUACGCAGUGGUUACCAUUGAGUGGGUUAGACUAUUCUUGAGAGAAGUUAGUGAGUCGGUUGACACGUGUACCAUUGUGUUUGACUUGACUGGAUUUUCAUUGAAAAAUGCCGAUUAUGCCACAAUCAAGUUUUUGGCUGAUGUGUUUGAGGCGCACUAUCCAGAAACUUUGGGAUUCAUUUUGAUUCACAAUGCACCAUGGAUCUUUUCAACAGUUUGGAACAUUAUCAAAAACUGGUUGGACCCAGUUGUUGCGUCCAAAAUUCAUUUCACCAAGGAUGCAAAGGAGUUGUCCAAGUUUAUCGACCCAAUCUUGAUUCCAGACUACUUGGGAGGUGAAGAUACCACUAGAGGUUUCUACCCCAUUCCUGAGCCACAAGAUGAAUAUCCACCAAGAAAGAAGGAUGCUGAGUAUGCCAGAUUAAGAAGAGAGAGAGAUUACUUGUUUACCAGAUUCUUUGAAACGACUAGAAGAUGGGUUGAAAGUACGAACCCACAAGUCUCUGAUAGGUAUUUGAAAGACAAGAUUGAUUUGAACAUUGCGUUAUCAAAGAACUAUAUAGAGUUGGACCCUUAUGUUAGAAACCGAGGCAUCUACGACAGAGACCAUACCUUGACUGUGGGACAUUGA